UAUUCGGGCUCAGACCUACAGAGUGUUUAGGGCUUUCGUCAGGCGUUUGGCCUGUCAGUAUAACUGGAGAAGGGAUACGGACACGGAUGGGAAUGCCUCUAUAUAUUUAGUGAUGGCUCCUCAAUACGCACCCAGCCUCCGUGGACGCUUACCUCCAUUGGCCUUGCUCCUGGAGACGAUCUUCAUCGUACUUUUUGCCUUUUUGGUUGAAUACGAGGAAGCCGAAAUUAUCAAGGAAAAUCCUGUCACACAUAUCUACGCUGAAUUUCAGGAUGUGCAGGUAAUGGUAUUCCUGGGAUUCGGUUUCCUGGCCACAUUCCUGCUCCGGUACAGCUUCAGCAGCUCUGGGUUCAACCUCCUGGUGGCCUCCCUGGCAGUGCAAUGGGCCAUUUUGCUGAACGGCUUCCUGUUCUCAUUUCACCAUGGGAAGAUCCGGGUGGGCAUGAAGAGCCUGGCUGAGGCUAACCUGUGUGCUGCCUCUGCCCUCAUCUCCAUGGGCGCAGUCCUGGGAAAAACUAACCCCGUCCAACUCCUCCUCAUGGCUCUGCUGGAGGUCUUGGGGUUCACUGCCAACCGCUGGAUCCUUCAGACCUGGUUCAAGGUCCAGCUUGUUGACAGCAUCAUGCUGCUCCACAUCUUUGGGGCCUACUUUGGAGUGAUGAUGUCAUGGAUCCUUUUCCGCUCAGGACUGGAGCCGAGGCAUGAGAAGGAGCGGUCUGACCGUAAGACAGACCUUUUCUCCAUGAUAGGCACACUGUUCCUGUGGAUGUUCUGGCCCAGUUUCAACUCCAUAAUGAUAAGCCAGUCCCUCCCGGGAAGGAAGCUGAGUGCUAUCUGUAGCACAUACCUGUCUCUGGCAUCCAGUGCGGUUGGUGCCUUUGCCUUCUCCGUGGUGACCAGCCCCCGGGGCAAGAUCAACAAGGUCCAUAUCCAGAAUGCUUCACUGGCUGGGGGUGUGGCAGUUGGAGUUGCUGUGUCAGCCAUUGACAUGCCAUGGAUUGCCAUGGUGAUAGGCUUGGCUGCUGGCCUCAUUUCUUCUCUGGGAUUCCGGUACAUUAAGCCCAACAUGAAGUUUUUGUUCAAGUGCCAUGAUACCUGUGGGGUUCUAAGCGUCCAUGGUAUGCCAGGAUUUCUGGGAUGGGUGGCCCACUUCAUCAUCCAUUUGUCCCAGUCUUCUUCUGUGAAAGAGAUGCAGAAUUUUGCUGUACACCACCUGUAUACUCUGCUGGUCACCUUAAGCGUGAGCAUUUUAUUUGGAGCUUUUACAGGUUUUUUGCUGAAAUGGAGGUUAUGGCGCCCACCCCAGGACAAGAAAUGCUUUGAUGAUCAAGCCUUCUGGGAGUUUCAAUUCCUUGCAGUACAUAUGUGAAGACCUCUUCGGACGUCAAGAUCAGAGAGACAAUCAUAUGCCCAAC